ACAAACAAUGCAAUGUAAACGUAGGGGAGAGGAGGGUAAGAUGACGUAUCGGCUAAGAUGACGAAUUGUUUAUUUUCGGAAACUCUUACUACAAAGAAAGCGCCACGUACGUGAAAUAUAUGACGCGUUAGCAUCUUUUUACUCUCUAAUCUAUGAAACCUGCAUUCAGUCUUAUGUGUGCGGUACGCUAAUGACAUUUAUGUAUUGUGUAUAUGUCGUUGUAAAAAUCGUGGUCGACUAAAUAAGAUUUUGUGGUUGUAAAUUGGGGAUUUUUCCUUCGCAUGAACAACAAGGUAAAAAUAUAUCAACGAAAGACGAAUGGGUAAAGUUGGUCUAAGGAAGCGAUGAUCGCUGCUAUAGAGGAAGUAAAGGGUGGAUCGUCUGUAAAUGGCACAGCAAAAAAAUAUAAACUUCCAGAAGCUACAUUGCGACGCUAUGCUGAAAAAUAUUCUGAGGAGGACCAUCUAAAAACAGUUCACUUGCUACCCUCGAACCUACAGCUGGACCUUCUAAAACAUUAUUUGGCUUGCCUCAACUCCCUGUUGCUAUUCCCACGACAAAAAAAAACAAGAAAGAAAUUGCCGUCAUUGUAUAUAACUAGUACUCCUGUUAAGGAUGCCUUGGAAGGUAAAGAAGCUGAGAAAAAAAUUAAAGAGGAGAAGAAAAAAGAAAGUUAG